AUGACCCCCACGUCGCCCUGGAGGGCACUUGUUGCCGGCUUGCCCCUCGCUGCCGCCGCCUUCGCAUCAGUAUACAGCGAUACGCACCAGAAGCCACUAGGUAUUCAUGAUGAUGUUUUGCACCAGACAGAAGGUCAAUCGACGAAGCCGGGUCGCCGGCCCAACGUCGUCUUCAUCCUGACAGAUGACCAGGACUUGCAUAUGGACUCGCUGGAAUAUAUGCCGCUCCUGAAAAAGCACAUGAGAGACCGCGGCACCGAGUACAAGCGCCAUUUCACGACGACGGCUAUUUGUUGCCCUUCGCGCGUCACCAUCUGGACCGGCAAAGCCGCCCACAAUACCAACGUAACGGACCUCGCGGCACCAUACGGUGGUUACCCCAAAUUUAUCGAGGAAAAGCUCCACGAGAACUACCUGCCCAUUUGGCUACAGAGCGAGGGCUACAACACAUACUACACCGGUAAACUUUUCAAUGCCCACCACCUGCGCAAUUAUGACAAGCCCUUUGUGCCUGGCUGGAAUGGAUCGGACUUCCUGCUGGACCCGUACGUAUACAUGUACCUCAACGCAACUUUCCAACGCAACCAUGACAAGCCCGUCAGCCAUCUAGGCCAGUACGUAACCGACGUACUAGCAGGCAAAGCGCAGGGCUUUCUUGACGAUGCCCUAGAAGCCUCCCGAGGGCCCGAGGGGCGCCCAUUCUUCCUCGCCGUCGCCCCCAACGCUCCGCACAGCAACGUAGACGCAAGCUUUGAAAAUGCCAACUUCACCGACACGCCACGCGACUGGACCUUCAAGAUGACGACUCCGAUCCCAGCCGCUCGCCACGCGCACCUGUUUGCCGACGCCGUCGUCCCGCGCCGCGACAAUUUCAACCCGGACGUGCCCUCGGGCCCCAGCUGGGUCCGCAAGCAGCCAAAGCUGAGCCAAGCAAACGUCGAGUGGAACGAUGAAUUUUACCGCAACCGGCUGCGCGCACUGCAGGCCGUCGACGAGCUGAUCGAUGGCGUCUUCACCAAGCUCGAGGCCGCCGGCGUCCUGCAUGAGACCUACGUCAUCUUCACCACCGACAACGGCUUCCACAUCUCGCAGCACCGCCUGCAGCCAGGCAAGGAGUGCGGCUUCGACGAGGACAUCAACAUCCCCCUAAUCGUGAGGGGCCCGGGAAUCCCUCAAGGUGCCGUUGUGUCCGAGGCGGUGACGACACACGCUGACUUGGCGCCUACGGUUCUGCGGUUGAUUGGCGCCCCGCAGCGGGCUGAUUUCGACGGCGUCCCCGUGCCCCUGAGCUCCCGCGAGCAGAGGCACGCUGAACAGGGCGGGCGGCACGAGCAUGUUACGGUCGAAUACUGGGGCUUUGCCCUCUCAGAGGGGAAGUACCUUUACCAUGAUGACAAGGGCGAAACCAACUUCAUCUUCAACAACACCUACAAGGCCAUCAGGAUAAUAGGACCAAACUAUAACCUGUAUUACUCCGUCUGGUGCAACAACGAACACGAACUCUACGACCUCAAUGCCGACCCGGGUCAGAUGCGCAACCUUCUCCACCCGGACUACAACGCAGCCGCCGUCGCAAACUUCACCAUUCUGGGUCGUUCGCUACCCUCGGUGGUCGCGCGUCUCGACUCGCUCCUCCUCGUCACCAAGACCUGUAAGGGAAGCGCGGCGUGCACCCAGCCGUGGGUGUCGCUCCACCCGCGAGGCGGAGUGCGCACCCUGGCCGAUGCCCUCUCUCGGCGCUUCGACAGCUUCUACGAGGAGGAGCAGCCGCGUGUCUCGUUUGGCUGGUGCGUCAUGGGGCAGAUCUUGGAUGCCGAGGGACCCCAGUUCGAAAAGGAUGGUGUUGCUUUCUGGGACGAGAAUUGGAGCCAGUGGGUUUGA